UUAUUGUGUAAAGUGUCUUUUAAAGUAUUAGCACCCAGUAGAUUACAGAGUCUGUUUUGAUUUACAGAAAUUAGUGAAUGACUGUCAUUUCUGCUGUUGUUUUCAUCAGGCUACCUUAGAUAAAUAAAACCUUAACCGUUCAAUACCUGGAAACAUUAAAAUGCUAUUUGGUUUCAUUAUAUACUAUAUAUAGUACUGUUACAUGGCAGUUUUGUUAUUUACUACCUACCGACAGCCUCUGCCCUAUUUUUCCAUCUUAUUUCUGUCUCAUGUACACAGGCAUUCUCAUUAUUAGUAUCAUCUUCAUUUAAUCAUAACAGGCUUUUUGUGCCUGCUUUUGGAACUUCUAUCAGUUAUUUUUCACACAAUUCUUUGUUAUGUGUGUUUUCAUCAGUGUUGUUCUGCUAAUUUUAAACGGAGAAAAACUUAAAAUAAUCAUGUUUCCAACCAUGAGGUCCUCCUCCUGGUCGUUAGGGCCUGAAAUUAAUUGAAGCCAAGGAGGACCCACAGCAUAAGCUUAAAUCAUCUCAGAAGGACAAGGUCCACCAGCUCAUGGCAUUCACUCAGGCUGGUGAGAGAACUGCCAUCCACUGCUUAGCCCAAAGUGAGUGGAAACUGGACACGCCACGGACAGCUUCUUCCAGAACCCGGCCUCGUUCCACAAGGACUCCACGAGAACCUCCGCCGUCAGGAAGAAGCUGGAGCCGCUGUAUAACAGACUUAGAAGUGGCCUUCGCAUAUUGGAAUUUGGUAUUAUCCGGAAGCCUUAAGUUUUUAGAUCUUUGGAACAUCUUCUUGUUGGAGCAUCGCAAGAGAUCAAUCCCAAGGAACACUUGGAACCUUCUGCUAGAUUUUGGAAACAUGAUUGCAGAUGACAUGUCCAGCUAUGAUGAAGAAGGAGCAUGGCCUGUUCUUAUAGAUGAUUUCGUAGAAUAUGCACGGCCAGUGGUCACAAGUGGUAAAGGCAGCCCUCUCUAGGCAGAAAAUCGAGAUGGAUUAAGGUGAAAAGGGAACUGUCCUGCAGGAGACACUGGUCAGCUAUGCCUGUCGCCCAUUUUGGAAGUCCUCCUGACCAGUCGUGAGACUGGAGACCCUCUCCUGCUGCUUAGAGAAGACACCGCUGACUGGACACCGCACGGAGACCCUCUGAGCUCGCUGCUGGGGCGCCCAGAGACGGGGCCCUAGCUGUUGCUGUAAGAGACCUCUGCAUGAUUUCCGCAUUUACGGAGGAGCUGGGGCCUGUCUGCAGGCUGCAGGGUCGCUGUUGAUCAUGACCCAAAGCGAGGCUGUGCUCACCGCACUCGCUGAAUUGUCCGUAACCACCCCUGAGAAACAGUACAAGUCAGGCUGCUGGAAACGUGCCCUAAAGAAGACGAUCGUCGUGGAUGCUGACGGUUUUAAACUUGGUGCCAGGGUUAAGAUUUAUAUUUUUUGAAUCAUCAAGUGUCUAGAUUUAUCAGCUCUAUUUUCAUUUCACUUUUCGCUGGAUGUUCAUCUGGGAAUCAUUUUACAGGUUAAUGCGCUGCUGCAGUUUGCACAGCGAUGGUGUCAUCGUGAUUCCAGAAAAGUGUUCUUUUAAAUUGCCUGCAAGUCAGUAGGUCUGCUUUACUUCUAAUAAUGUCAGCUGAACUUUCUAAGAAGCUUCAUAAAGUAUGCUUUUAAAAAAACUGUAUUUAAAAGGACAUUUUUCCAUGAAAAAUUAUGUUUCAUGUUUAAUUAUAGAUUUAAACAUCA